UUUGAACCAGUCAGACCCUUACUCACAUGCACUUACGCAAUGGUUUCUCUAUCGACUUCACUCAAAUCACUAUUAUUCUUUAUUUGAUUGAUUCCAACAAACAUCACAAAUAUAAACACCAUUUUUGGAUCAAACACAACCCUAACAAUCUCAUCUUCACUUCUUAUAACAAACCUAACUCAAAACUCCAUUUUACCAAAAGAUUAGUUGUUGCUUGCAAGAAACCAACCUUCACUGCCGAGGAUGUACUGAGAGAAACAACCAUAACGGAGGAAAGCCACCCGAAAGUACCCUAUUCAGAGGUUGUGAGAAAGAAGCGAGUAUUUUGGGAAAGGAGAUGGAACUAUUGGGAUGUGAGUAGAGCAAUAGGGAUACUUGGUGUUCAUCUUCUCAGCCUAUAUGCACCUUUUCACUGCAACUGGUCGGCUUUUCGUGUAGCGGUUGGUCUCAGUGUCAUUGCUGGAACCGGGAUCACGUUGUCUUAUCACAGGAAUCUAUCACACCGAAGUUUUGUUCUGCCUAAAUGGCUAGAAUAUCUCUUUGCUUGGUGUGGCACACUUGCUUUCCAGGGAGAUCCAAUAGAGUGGGUGAGCAACCAUCGUUACCAUCACCAAUACAGUGAUACAGAUCGUGAUCCUCAUACUCCUCGCCAUGGUUUUUGGUUUAGUUACUUCCUGUGGAUCUUUGACACGGGUUCUAUUCUCCAAAAUUGUGGAGGAGAAGAGAACGCAGCUGAUUUGGUGAGACAACCUUAUUAUAGGUUUCUACAAAGAACAUGGAUUUUGAACAACCUUGCACUUUCCCUUCUCCUUUACAUCCUCGGUGGCUUUCCUUACCUCGUAUGGGGCGUGGGAGUUAGAAUUGUAUUCGUGCUACAUUCCACAUUUCUGAUGACCGCAGCUUCACAUACAUGGGGAACGCAACCAUGGAAAACCGGAGAUCUUUCCAAGAACACUUGGUGGCUGGCUAUAGUAACGCUAGGGGAGAGCUGGCACAACAACCAUCAUGCAUUCGAGUUCUCGGCUAGGCAUGGACUUGAGUGGUGGCAGAUUGACAUUACUUGGUACUUUAUUCGUCUUCUCCAAGCUCUUGGACUGGCCACAAAUAUUAAGUUAGUUACCGAAGCUCACAAGCAGAGAUUCACUUUUGAUGGAUGAAUAUUAUACAAACAUGGUCAAUAAGUUAAGGGAAGAUGUGCGUUUGAGGGAAUACGAUACAAUACCAUGUAUGUACUAUAUUAAUAUGAGAAGUUAAGCAUGCACUGUUUUAUAUUUAUCGGUAUGUUUUCAGUAUAAUAUAUAAGUUGGUCAUAAUUUAAGCUAUUCGGAUAUGUUCAACUUUUUGA